ACAAAGGGCAGGCAACUCUACAACGAAGACCUUUGGAGAAUAUGAAGUAAAUAAUGAGAAAAAUAUCAUUUAUUUAUACAUAGACCUAUGUGUGGGUUCAGAAUGAAGGUUGCAGUUGGUAUCAACUAUAUUGGCUGUGCAAAUUGUUGUGGACUGUUCAUGAGCAAAGAUGGUUUUAAAGGACAUAUUGAACUUUGUGAUGGUGAUCCACUGAAAUCUCCAUGUGAAGCCUUUGCUUGUUCCCGACAGAAAUAUCUUGAGUUUAUAGCAAAAGACACGCUAAUGCAUCUAAAAGAUGGCACAGAUAAUUACAGUAUCGGCGACGUUGAAAAAACUAUCAGCCCAAAAAGGAAUAAAAAUCAGAAAAGAAAAGAUAAUAAGAAAAGUAAUAGCAAAUUACCAUUAGUUGCAUGCUCACUAAACAAUGCAAUGCCUGAAAGUAGCCACGAAAUGACAUUAAUACCACGUACUUAUGAAGAGUCUACAAGUAAUCCAGAUGAAACAUUAUUGCACGACAGCCCCAACAGGGCAUCUACUCAUAAUGUUGCUGGUGCUUUUGAUUUGAAUCUUUCUUCUGAUGAGGAAAAUGAUAAUAAAUCAAAGAUCUCAAUUCCUCUACAAUCAAAAAUGUUAAAAGAUGUGGAGUUGAGCAUUGUUACUUGUAAUAAUCAAAUUGUUCCCAAAGAUCACAACACUGGUCUUCUAACAACCGCACUAGACCCACCAUUAUCAAGUUGCUACAGCUCAAGUUUAUUAAACGAUCAACAGUUUUCUCCAGGAGGAUGGCCUCAUUCUCUUCAAGGUCCUGCUUCCUUAUCUAAAGACACCUUACACGACUCUAACAGUGCCCCGUCUUUAGAACCAUACGGUGUUCCAGUGUCUGAAACCAUACUUCAACAAGACCUAACAGUUAACGAUAUGAAUGUCCAGUCUGCUGAAGUAGACAAAAAGACAGACCAGAGCCAUUUAUCUGAAAACGAACCGUUGAUGAUACAAGUUGAUAAUUUUCCAGAUUCUUCUUCACAAACAGAAAAGGAAUUUCAUUCUGAGUUUGGGGGUGAAAAGGAUAAUGUUGGUUCUGAUGAUGUCCCAGAAGCAUCACCUUGCAAUGGUAGGUUUGGAUAUGGUUUGGACAUGAAGACUGUUAAAACAGAUACUGUACCCAAAACGGUUAUUGAAACCCUUCAAGGAUCAAAUGCCGGUGACAUUAAUAAACUGAUAUCACAGUUAGAACAAUCAAUUAAAUCCAGUGGUGGCAGUGAGCAGACUACAGAGUUAAUUUCAGCCUGCAAGACCCCAACCUUGAUCACAGUGAAAUCUCCAUCAACAGAUUCCAAUCACAGGUCAGAAAAGGUCCGCGAAGCUAUCGUAAUCUUUGACAAUGACAAGUGUAGUUCUGGUGAUGAAUUAGUUAUAGACGAAAGUCCUAAGAUCAUAAGAUACAGACACAGAUCACGGAGAAGAAGGAAUCAUAGGGCAUCUCGAAGUCACAGACGAAGUGACCAAAGAGAAUCACCAAGCUUUGCUGAUGACGUCUGUCCACAAAAAUCUAAAUAUAAGGCUUAUUUUGAUUAUUGUGGUAGCCAGAAAUCCAGAGGACAUGCCGAAGUCCAAAAUACAUGUGUUUUUGUUAAUGAUAUUUCUCUCACUGGUUCAAGUACAUACAAUAAUGACUGCAAAGCCCCUACCAAAUCUGUCAAUAAUGUCCAAACCGUUGUCGUUUACCCUCCUGGAACACCAAUUUUAACUUAUAACCUAGUAUCAGACCAGAACACAGAAGAUCUUAACAGCGAUGAUCCGUUAAUUCUAAAUUUAAAACCGUGUACAGAACGUUUCGAAGUUGGUGAUACACAUCAACCGUCCAUUAUUUAUUCAAAACAAUUUGCUGAAAAUGUUCAAAAUGGCUACAAGAUACACGGGACAUCAGUUGGUUGUGAUGGUAACUUGAAAGAGAGAUCCAUACAUGAACAAUUAGUUAAUUCCAAACCAUCUGAUGGAAACCAUGAAGACGGCCUUGCACAGAUCCGUUAUGUCCCGGUAAAACCGGAUAAAGAUGCAGCUGCUCAAACAGAUGUGAUCAUUAUUGAUGGAGAUGAAGAAACAACCGACGAGGAAGCUUCUGUCGUUGACGAUGAGAUAGAAGCUGAAAAUUUAGAACAACUCGAUAUUUCAAAAUUGGUUGACAAACUGGCGCCCGUUCCAAGAUACAAAACAUCGACAAGAAUGUCCGUUAGAAGGUCAAAAGCCAACACUAAAAAGGUGAAACAGGUGUAUAUUGAUAAAAUAUUAACCAAAUCGGCUGAGGACAAUAGUGAUAAACAAUAUUGUCAAAUACAAAUUAAUGGAUUACCAGUUCUUAAACGAAUUACAAAGUUGUGUGGCAAUAACACUGACAGCAAGGUUGAAGAACCCGAAGUUAAAAAGAUUAAAAUGUACGACAAAGGUAGCAAAACUAAAGAUUCCGUCGUUUAUGAGUUUUUAGAUCCUAUCUCUAAAGUUGGGACUUCCGAUAUUCCCACGGAAUCUAUGCAAUCAGAGGUUAAGUCAAAUCCCUUAGAAACAUUAAAGGCUAGUUCAAUCCCGGUAAACUCAAGUCCACAGUGCGAACCACGAGGAAUAAGAAAAACUGGCGUAAGGAGGUCGUUAAGAACAUUCCAGUGUCCUAAAAGCGGUUUUGAAUAUCGAAAGUCCUAUUCAAAACGGAAGGACGAAAUAUUGCAACGAGACACAUGCAAAAGCAAUCAAAGUAAAGCUUUAUGCCAGGAAGUGGAAAGGACAUCGCCAGAUGUGAAAUUUCAAACGAAAAGUACCAAAGAUCUUGCUAAAGAUUCAAGCAGAAAAUAUCAUCAAGUAGAUAUGCCAAGUGAAGAUCAGUAUAUGACGGAAAUGGCAAAGGGGCGGGUUGUCUAUAUUUGUAAACUCUGUCAACAAAAAUUACUAAGUCUAGUUAAGCUCCGGAAUCAUCUCACAGUCACUCACAACAAUGGCGGAGUGUUUUCUUGUGAUCACUGUAACUUUACGACCCCCUACAGGAGGCGAUGGAAAGCCCACGUGAAACGCCAUACCAAAGACAAAAAUAUCUGCCCUUAUUGUCCUACUUUCUAUGUAGAUAAUUCAUCUUUGAACAGACACAUCAACAUGAAACAUUUCGAACAGUCAAACUAUAGAUGCAGCGAAUGUGGUUUUAUUGCCAUGGAUAAUCCGUUGUUAGCUGAUCAUAUGAGAACUCAUACAGGAGAACUUCUGGUUUGUAGUUUUGAAGGAUGUGACUUCAAAACACCAAGUCUGAGAGCCCAUCGUGAACAUGAACGGGGUCAUGAACCAGACUUUUUAUGUGUUACUUGUGGAUAUUCUACCAGCAAUAAACAGACUUUUAAUGGUCAUCUUUUAACACACCAGAGCAUUAAAGCGUACCAAUGUUCUCUUUGUCCGCAUAGAGCGAAAACCAAACAACACAUAUUAAGACACGCGUCCUCCGUUCAUUUUGAUGUUCAGACCUACGCCUGUGAUAGAUGUUCGUUUAAAACUUCUUACCAAGCCGCACUGACAUGUCAUGUUUUAAGCCACGAGGGAUUGCGGCCAUUUAAGUGUUCAAUAUGUGAUUACCAGACUAAUUCAACUUCUCUAGUGUAUCGCCAUGGCCGGACCGCACACACCAAUCAAACGGUUACGGCCGUUAAAGUGGUAGACAAUAUUCCAGUUAUAAAAGGUUCUGAUUACUUGAAUCCUCAUACAAAACCGUUUGAUCCCAGAUUGUUUGAAAUUUUGGAAGUUGAUAAUUUAAGUUUGAAUAAGUCUCGAAAUGAAAUGGACAAAAACCACAAAAAAUGAUAUUCUUAUUUUCGUUGAUUAUUUCCUCGCUGAUUAAAAUAAAUAUUCUUACAG